AUUUAUUUUUUUUUUUUUGAAAAUCAAUCAAUUCUUAAAAGUGUCAAAAAACUGUUGAUAAAAUGUUCUUAUAAUAUGUAAAUAAUUAAACAUGUUCAUCUGAUAUCCGUUAUCCUGUUCAAUUCCACACCUUGUACAUAAAUUUAUUAUUUAAGAAGACGUGUUGGCUUUCAUAUUAUCAUGUGAUUUAUAUAGGUGACACAUCACAGAUCCUAUCGUGUCUGGUGAGAAAUUUUCUUCCUAUCUGAUUGCCUUCCAGAUCAGGAUGAUUUCAUCAUUUUCAAAUAAUAUGAGAACUGUCUAUACCACGGGGUAGCUGAGGAUGCAUAAAAACAGUAACAUCUGCCAAGCACAGACCUUUAGUCAAAAAAAUGGUUUAGUGAAUGUAUUGUUUGCUUGCAAUCAUUUAUCAUGUUGAUGAGAGGAAGGCAGAGUGCUCGGCUGUCUCAUGUAAUUGGAGUAGUCGGUUUCAGGGGGCUGGUCAUACCUGUGUGUCAUUGUACACCUGUCUGCUGGGCGAUCAAUAGUUCCUCAUCAAAUGUUUGUUGAUUUUUUUUUUAAAGUUGUCAGACUUUAGCAGGAGACUUGUCAGUUGCACAACAGAGAUGAAGUUCACCAAGUGACAGAAGGCUGUUAGCCGAGACUGAUGUUAGGAUCUACUCGAGAUGUUGACUCGAUUGAUCAGCUCACACAAGAUUAUUUACCUGAGUGAGGGAUACUUAUUCUAAUGAGAUACAAUUUAUUGUUUGCCGAGUGAUUGUUUGGAAUUAAGUACCUCAGCUGUUUUUAGUGUCGCUUUGGAUUAUUUAAACUAUAUAUUGAUUGUUGUUCAUCUUGUGACCUAUUGUUAUACUGAAAUAGAGACUGUCAGCAGGGAAGUUUAUGAAUGGUGAGAGUUAAACAAACAAUGCAACUGAAAAUUGUACAAGGUAAAUAAGAUUAAGUUGAUUAACGUAUUUAUCAAGAUGCAUUUUGAAGAAAAAACAACUACUCUUGAUAAUAAUCAAUAUUUAUUUGUUUAUAUAUUCUCUCAUUUACCCAUGCCUUCUAUAAGUGCAUUCCAAAACUAUGGUGUGGUUACGUAGCUUGCUAUUUUUCUGAUGGGCAUACACUUAGUGGUCGAGGGCAGCUAUGCUGUUGUUUCUAUGUCAAGACUCAUUAUUUACAGUAACAUCCCAUGUUGUGUUGACAGAUUAUUUCUGUAAUGAAACGGUACAUCUGUCAGACUCUAUCAGAGCAGACGACCACUGCCUCAGUAUUCAUCAGUCAGCAGACAACUGUCAAACAACACUAACCAAAGAGGAUUUACUCCGACAACUGUCAAAAACCGGCACAAAAAGGAACCCAACUCUUGUCUUGUAUAGCAUUAGUGAGUGCAACCAGCACUAAAUUUUAAAUGCUAAUUGGGAAGUUUUUUCUUCAGGUGAUUGGAAAAGGUGCAUCUGUGUAUUAAUUAGUGCCUUAGUUAAUUAAUACUGCAUUGUCUAUUGUGUGUGUGUGAAGAGUAAUUGAGAGGUGACCAGAAGUCAUCAUUAAUAUAUGAGGAGGGAUGUCAGUUCACUUGGACUUGAAACCUCAUUUUUAUGGGCUCUCCCCAUUAGUAAGCUGAUGAAAUAUGACAUAGGGUCAAAGGGACACAUCAACACUAAGGUACAGCUGGACUCGGGGUGUCACUGACGCUCUGCUGUCACCUGUCAACUACCGCUCAUCAGCUCAAACAGGCGCAGGUGUGUGCUAGGAGCCUUAUCUUAAGGCUCAAGGGGAAUAACUCUCACUGAUCUGACGGUCUAGCAGGUGAUUGCAGUUGAUCGCUGGAGGUGGACUGUCAAGUUUAUUAAUAAGGUUGACGAGUGGACAUUGCCUUUAUGUGUGUUUUAUGUUCCGCAGACAAAUGUGUGAUAAUUAUGUGGAUACACGUUGCUGGUCCAAUCUUCAGACGUAGUGUUCAGGUUUUUGUUUUUACUUGAUGGAACCCACAAAUGAAAAUCUCCAGGUCUUCUAAUGGGAGGAAGGAGAGUAUAAAAUCCUCAGAUGAUGACCAGGGAUCUGAUGGUGAAAAUGAUGAUGAAGCAUCAGAUGAUGAAAGAAAGCUAGAGACUUUACUGCCUGAUGAAAAAUCAGACGAAAGUGAGAAAGACACAGACAUUCAACCAGAAGGAGAAAAUUCCGAAUUAGAGGAUAGAUGCUGCUAUGUAUAUAAAGAGAAUUCACCACAAACUGAUAAAUAUUCAAAGGAAAUAUCAGGGCAGACUAUAUCUAGAAAAUUGAGUGACAAUUCACAUUGUGAAAAAAUGACUUUGAAAAGGGAAGACACUUGUAAAAGUGAAACUGAUGAAAAACGUCCAGAAACGCCUCCAUUGAAACGACUCAUGAGGCAAGACCCACUGCCGUUGUUUAUGAGUGACAAAGGACCUUCACCUCCAAAGAAAAUAUACCGAGAUGAGCUUUAUUACAAAAAAUUAACCGUCCCUUAUUUUGCAACACCCUCCAUGGUCAAACAUGCACCCACACACCCCAGACAAGCAAUUUUAAAAUCCAAACACUAUCCGCACAAAUUUCCAAAGCAUUUCAGUCCAUCCUAUCCCUACUCGCUCCCGAAAACUCAUUCGGAAGAUCAACCUUUGGACUUGUCUACAAAAGGAUCAAACAAAUCCAAGUCAUUUAUGGACACGAAGAAAUCCGCAGGAAAAUACACAAAUGGAUUCCUCUCCAAUAGUUCUAGUCUUCAAAGUCUGCAACGGCGAUUUGGUGGUAUGGCGGGAUUUCGCACCAGUCGCAGACCAAUGAGUGGAAUUCUCACAGGAAUACCGUCAACAGUCUCACAGAAAUCUCAUUCAAAUUCUCAGAAAAAUUUCUUCGAUGAUAUUGCGUUAAAUCAAAGCCAUAAAAGUGAAAAUAAGUCUUCAGAUUCAAAGGAUUUAGUUCUGAAGGAAAAACUUAAAAAUGAAGAGGACUCAAUAUCUACAAAUGAAAAGGACCAGAACUCCAACAUUACCAAACAAACAAAGGAGAGUUCAGGGAAUUCGGAGAAAGAAGAAAAUAACAAGUAUACUGUCCACAAAUGUUCAUGUCAGAAAACCUUUAGUACUCUCUAUGGACUGAGUCUGCAUCUUCAGGAGUCUGGACAUUUACCAGCGGGGACGAAACAAACCAACUUAAUGGAUUAUCCGAAACUAGUGAGAGGGCAGGAUAUGUGGCUGAAUCAAGAAUCGGAACAAACCAAAAAAAUUCUCCGAUGUAUACAGUGUGGUGAGUCCUUCAAGUCUUUACCCAUGUUAACUGUUCACAUGAUGCAGACACAGCAUUACACUAAGAUCGUUACAUCUGAACACGGUAGAAGAUCACACAAGUGCUCCGUUUACUGUGACCGAGAUUUGGAUCGCGAGUGUAUUUUCAAGUGUAAGGUGUGUAAUAGUGCAUACAGUGACAUGGAGGGGCUGGCUAAUCACAUGGUGCUCUCUGGCCAUCACAAAAAGAAAAUGCAUCAGACUUUGCCGUACUCGGAUUUCAAAGUAAAACUGCCACAGAAACGGUUCUUCCGAGAGGAACUGAUGGACACCUCGGAGUCACCUCUUGGAAGCACGCUGGAAGAAUUGAGGCCCAAGAUUUCUAGCCAAAGUUCUCCAUUGAGCGACCAGUCUAGGAGCCCCAGUUCCAACGGAGCAUCUGAAGACAGCAGAAUCACAUGUGAAAACUGUGGUGAGAAAAUUGAGACUGGAAAAUUUGUUGAUCAUGUUCGAGUUUGUUUACUGUUGUCCAAAUAUGACUCAAAUUAUAAAAUUUCAAUAAAAAAAGAGGCCGUGGAGAGAAAAGAUGAGGAUUUGGGUAAAAGGGUCGAGAAGUCCUUUCAAGAAACAGCUGAAGAUGAAAAUACUGGAGUGAAAGUAAAAAUAGAAGUGGAGGAAAGUGAUGAAUCUACAAAAUUGGAGACAAAUAUCAAGAAAGAGGACUUAGCAGAAACUUCUGCAGCAAAAAAUGAUGAAGAAUGUGGAGAGUGCAAAAAAUUGGACAUCAUCGAUCCAAAUCUUGGGACAGGAAGUGACAGUAAAGAGGAAAGCUCAGCUCUUUCAGCGAUGGAAAGUUUUAUUCAGAGAAGUUUCAAAACUGAAUUCAAUUACAGAAGAGGUUCCGUAAAAAUGGGCUCUUCCAACAAAGGGCAGACAGUCCAAACCCCACAAAUGCCCAUAGAAAGAUUUAGUCCAUCCAUAAGGCUGGAGAGGUAUCAAAAAUAUUUCCAUUACUUCUACCCAAGUGAGUCUAAUUAUAAGAACAGUUCAGAGGAGAAAUUGUCAACUAAUGACAUCGGAAAGCUGGAGAAAAUGUGCAAAGAAGUGCAUGGAUCAAAAAGUCCAAACACUGACCAACCAAAAGAGAUUCAAAACACUCCUGAACAAGAGGUGAAUGGUGAAAUCCUAUGUAGCAAAUAUCUGAAUUUGGAUGAUGAAGAGAAGAACAAGGAUUCAUCUUCCUCCUCCAAGUCUUCAGCUUUAGAUUCUCUUAGUAGUUUUGUAUAUAGUCAGUCCUUAACCAGUGAACAUCCAUUAGACAGUCUGCAGAAACUCCUAACAAAUAGUAACAUUCCUAAAAUUAUGCCUCCACAUUCAUUGAAAACCUUCGGUCCUGUAGAGUCUUCAGUAUCAACUGCUCCACUGAAUCUUUCCUUGAAAAGAGAAAUAGACGACGAUGAGCUGGACAUGUCUGAUGGCAAGGACAGUUUAUCAGACCAGGAAAGCAGUCAUAGCAGUGACAGUGAGACUAACAUGGAUUACCGCUGCGCCGCCUGCAGUCGACAAUUUGCCUCCAAAGGUUCUUAUAGGUACCACCUUAGUCGUUGCCAUCUGUCCUCCGUCAAAAAAUAUGGAAUUAAAGAAGCCUUCAAUAUGAGCCCAUAUAUUUACCUACCUCUAGACCACACUGCCAAAUUCUCAAAGUAUUAUGAAAUGGCUCAGGAGCUCGCGAAUAAAGAGAAGUGAUCGCUGGGAUAAGACUUUGUAACACUGAAAACAAACACGGAUUCUCCUAAGUUUUACUGCAUUUCCCAAAAGGCAGCUUCACCAAUAUUUGGGUGCUUUCCAUUAAUCUGGCAAAACUAGUCUUGGUGGUGAUGCCUUCAUCACUAGUAGUGGGACGACUGUUGUCAACGUACAGUUUUGGUAACGGAAAUAAGUGUUGCUGUUACAAUGGAAAGCACCCUUAUUUCAAAAUCAUUAUAUGUGAUAUCUUGGACAAAAGUAGUUUCAACAUUCCAGAAACUUGGUUUCACAUCCGAAAUCCAGUAAAAGAUAUAGGUGUAAAUUUGCAUCUUAGUUAUUUUUGUUACAGUGUUUUGCCUGAAAGUAUUGGGAAGUAAGAACUUUGAAAAUUUGAUUGCAUAUACAAUACUAUAUGGGAUACCAAGUGUCCGUGUGCGUUAGUUCAUCGACUCAGAAGUCUAAAAGAAUUUCCCGUAAUUUGUAAGCAAACAAUGAUUGGAUGUGUUUUGUAUAUAGACAAAUUCAGUGCAAUACAAAAUUUUAGUUUUAUAGAUGGAGUAUUUGCGUUUUGAAAGUUACAGAUCUUUUGUGACCAACCAAAAAUCAUGUUAAAAGAGUGAAAUCCACGUUCAGAAAAGCUUUAAUUUGUAUUUUAAUAUGGAUCUUUCAUUAAUACAAAGUGCUAGUUAUGUUUGUGAUUUAUUUUAUUCUCUAGGUAUGCCAGAAAAAAAUGCAUCAUUUACUGCAUAAUACAUACAUGUGUUAUUGUAAAGAAUGGGACAAUUUGGUUCAUCAUUCCAUAUUUUUAGAUGCAUAUUUUUCUGUUGAGCAUAUAACUAGCUGUGCUAGGGGCAAGCAGCAAUAUAUAUGAAUUUAAUAGUUUCUUCAGCGAGAUAUGGUAGAACUUGAUUUUUGGGCUGUAAUUUUCAUCGACAAGAAACUGUGUUUUAUGUUUACUGAUUAGAAAAGUGGUAAUCAUUAUCUGCAUUCAGCUCUCUCAUUAUUAGAUGCCUCCAGUCACAAAAAUGCCUUCUCCCCUCUCAAAAUAAAACUCUCAAAUGUCAAGCAACACAAAACAUGACCAAUAAAAAAUCCUGUUAUCUAUUAUGUGAGAAAAUUCUUCCGGGGAGAAAUUGAUAGUUUUUUGUUGAAAGAACAGCUAGCAUGCAAACUAAAUUAGUCAAGAUUUAUAUAGUUUAUGUACUUCAGCACUCAAAUUACUGUUUUCUUUGUCCAUAACUAUACAAAUAAUUACCAUGUAUAAUAUGAAUAGUAUUGGAGAGAGAGAGGAAAAAAAAAAAAAAAGUCCUGACCUAGAAACAAAUAACUCAUUCAAUUUCUUUGAUGUAGAAGAUACAUCCAUCAAAAUGUAUGUCGUUCAUCAUUCUAAUUACACGGCAGAAUUUUGUAAUUUUGAUUGACAGCUGUUUACAUGUAAUAUUUUUUAUAUCAUAAUAAAGAUCCACCCACCUAUACACUAAAAAUUCUGGAAAAAUUUUGACACGAGCAUGUGUCAGAUUUUGAAAUCCUUGUUUAUAUAAGAAAGGAGUGUUAUUUUGAAUUAAAUCUCGUCAGCGACAUGAUUGAUGAGAAGAGAAAGUACAACUUAGAUAACGAGUUUAAUAACGGAUUAAGGACGUGCAAGAUAUCCUGUCAAAAAUUUAUGGGAUUGUUUACCAAGUUAUACUCAUUUUUAAAAUCCUGUGACUGUUUUCAACUGAAUGGUGCAUAUUUAAAACUCAGUCUUGAGAAAUCCACAUGUACAGGCAUAAUUUGAUAGUAAUAUUGUACAUACACGUGUAUUAAUGAUGUUUUUUGUGUGCUUUGAACAUAUCACUUUUGUUACAGUGCUCUUUACUCAUUUAUAUUUAUCUUAUUCCAAGUGCCAGCUUUUAUGUAGAUAGUUUUUAUUUCGUGAUAUACAAUUUUUCCAAAGAAAUGAUAAUAAAUAAUGUGAACUACACUUCACACACCCCAGUAAUAAAAUUAAUGAAAAAACACAAAUUUGGAAACCAUCUGACACAUUCUUACAAGGUUGUAAAUUCAUGUGACAUUUUAAGUUGACAGCUCUUGUAAAACUGAAAACAUGGUUAUAAAAAUGGCAAAUCAUAUCAUAUACGUCAAGCAAAAUGAUUUGCGGUCUUCUCUUCUGCUGUCAAUCCAUUCUAUUUAUUCCAUAUCGUCUUCACUCAUUGUUACAUUGUAUGUUUUUAUGUAUUUGAAUCAAAUUGUAUGAAUACAAACUUGAUCAUGGAUUAAAUAAAUAUUAUACAAGUUUUUA